GUCAUCACUACCCUUUAAUCCUGCAUGAGUUCAUGUGCCUUUUACCUCACUCCAAGCCUUUCUCUUUCCACAUAGAGAUCUUUAGGAGAAGAAAGAGAGAUUGGUGUCCUUAAACAACCUGUCAGCAGCAGAACCUUGAACUGUUGAACUGACAAAUAGAUUCUCGGGCUGCUAAGAAAAUACAAACAGUUCGGAUUCUUGAAAGACUGAAACUUCUUGGAGGGGUUGCUGGUCCGGAAAGGGAGUACUCAGGCUGAAAUCUGACGUUUGCCAGCUUUGUGAGGAGAUGGGUGUUGUUACUGUUGCAGAAUUGAAACCAAGUAUAUCUGGGAAGAGAUCUUUUCGUCCAAGUUCCAGUAUAAGGCAUGCUACUGAGUGGCCUAUUUCUGAUGUUUCUAGUGAUCUUACGAUUGAGGUAGGAGCAUCAAGCUUUGCACUUCACAAGUUCCCUCUAGUUUCUCGGAGUGGAAGAAUCCGGAAGCUGUUGAUUGAUGCAAAAGAUGCAAAAAUUUCACGCGUAAAUAUCUCUUCUGUUCCGGGUGGACCAGAGGCAUUUGAGCUAGCUGCAAAGUUCUGCUAUGGAAUAAAUGUUGAGAUUACUCUAUCAAACGUUGCAAUGUUAAGAUGUGCAUCACAUUUCCUGGAAAUGACAGAAGAGUUUGCAGAGAAGAAUCUUGAAGCUCGUACAGAAGCUUAUUUGAAGGACAUGGUACUCCCAAAUAUCUCAAGCUCAAUAUCUGUUCUUCACCGUUGUGAAAGCCUCUUGCCUAUAUCUGAAGAGAUCAACCUGGUUAACAGACUUAUCAAUGCAAUUGCGAAUAAUGCAUGCAAAGAGCAGCUCACUUCUGGCUUAUUGAAACUUGAUCACAACUAUCCAUCAAAAGCUAUGCCAAACAUGGAACCAGAAACACCGUCCGACUGGUGGGGAAAGUCUCUGGCAGUUCUUAAUCUUGAUUUCUUCCAACGAGUUUUAUCGGCUGUAAAGUCAAAGGGUCUAAAACAGGACAUGAUCAGCAAAAUUUUGAUAAAUUAUACCCAUAAUUCUCUUCAAGGUCUGGUUGUCAGGGACCCUCACUUGGUAAAGGGAAGCCUAUUGGAUUUGGAGCUGCAAAAGAAACAAAGGGUAAUUGUUGAAGCCAUGGUUAGCUUACUGCCAACUCAAUCAAGGAAGAGCUCAGUUCCCAUGGCGUUUCUCUCCAGUUUAUUGAAAGCUGCAAUAGCCUCAUCAGCAUCCACUUCUUGCAGAUCUGAUUUGGAGAGGCGGAUUGGUCUGCAACUAGACCAAGCAAUUCUUGAAGACAUCUUAAUACCAGCCAAUUCACAUGGAAACAAUCAUACAACCAUGUAUGAUACAGAGUCAAUCCUGAGGAUCUUCUCCAUUUUUCUAAACUUGGAUGAGGAUGAUGAUGAGGAUAAUCCCUUGAGGGAUGAAAGUGAAAUGGCAUAUGAUUUUGACAGCCCCGGAUCUCCCAAACAAAGUUCAAUCCUCAAAGUAUCUAAGUUACUGGACACUUAUCUUGCAGAAGUUGCACUAGACCCAAACUUGUUGCCAUCAAAAUUCAUAGCACUAGCAGAACUGCUUCCAGACCAUGCUCGCAUUGUUAGCGAUGGAUUAUACAGAGCUGUUGAUAUCUUCCUCAAAGUUCAUCCGAACAUAAAGGAUUCUGAACGCUACAGACUAUGCAAGACCAUAGACUGUCAGAAACUAUCUCAAGAAGCCUGUAGCCAUGCAGCACAGAACGAAAGGUUACCAGUGCAGAUGGCCGUCCAAGUGUUAUAUUUUGAGCAAAUCAGGCUUCGGAAUGCAAUGAGUGGAGGCCACAAUCAGUUCUUCUUUGGUGCAAUCAACGGUCAGUUCCCUCAACGUUCAAGCAGCGGUGCAGGAAGUGGAGCCAUCUCACCAAGAGACAACUAUGCAUCAGUGAGAAGAGAGAACCGAGAACUGAAGCUUGAAGUUGCAAGAAUGAGAAUGAGGCUAACCGACUUAGAGAAGGACCAUGUUUCCAUGAAACAAGAGUUGGUUAGGACUCAUCCUGCUAACAAAUUAUUCAAAUCAUUCACCAAGAAAUUAAGUAAGCUCAACUCCCUAUUCAGGAUCAACAAUCUGAAGCCUAUAGGAGGUAAAGCCAAUUCAGAAUCUCGAUUCUUGUUCCAAAGGCGAAGGCGUCACUCGGUAUCGUGACUAUUGUAACAGGUGUGAAUAACUGAAGAGUGUAUAGUAAUAUGUGUAGUGUGAGAGUUGUGGUCUAAUGGCAGAGUUGAUAGCUACUAGCUUCUAUUUUUCCUUUUGUUUUUUUGGAGUGUUGGAUUCUGGGGUUGCUUUUUUUAGUGAGAUGAUUGCCUUCACAUUUUGAAAGAGUCUUGAGGGAACGACAUACUCACUCAAAACUUGUAGACUUAAUGCUAGCUGUUUGCUACAUGUGUGACUGAGAAUCUGUAGAUGAAUGAGCAGACACACAAGCCUUUUAAGCUAUCAUACUUUUUCACUUGCACAAACAAACAUUCUUGCCUCUUUUUC